UAGGUAGCUAGAUCAAAUAAUUUUUUAAAGACUCUCCAAAGAUUGGUCCCUUUAGUGUCCCAUCUGAUCAUAAUUCUCAAGGGAAGAGAAUGGGAAGAGCACCAUGUUGUUCUAAAGUGGGAAUGAGAAAAGGUGCAUGGACUGCAGAAGAAGACAUGCUGCUCACUAAUUACAUUCAGCUAAAUGGUGAAGGAAACUGGAGAUCUUUGCCUAUGAAUGCUGGCCUGCUUAGAUGUGGUAAGAGUUGCAGAUUAAGAUGGGUGAACUAUCUUCGACCAGGCACUAAGAGAGGAAAUUUCAGUCCAGAUGAGGAUGAUCUUAUAAUCCGACUUCAUUCACUCCUUGGUGGUCGAUGGUCUCUAAUUGCUGGAAGAUUGCAAGGUAGAACUGAUAACGAGAUAAAGAAUCAUUGGAAUACCAAUCUCUUGAAGAAACUCAAAGCAGCAGGAAUACAACCAAAACCUCAAAAGUUAACUGCAAAACGUACUAAAGAUAAACGAAGACGGGCAAGAAAGGCAAAAAAGCCCGAGGGAGAGAUGGAAAAAGAUGAAGCAGUUAAGAAGAUCCAAAGUAAUAUUAUUACCAUGUUGAGUUCUGAGGAAGUUGACAAUAAUAAGGAAGAAGAAAAAAUACAAGAGCCAUUUAUUCCAAGUUCGUUGUCAUCGUCCGUUCAGGUUGAAGAAAAAGAGAAUGAAAUUUAUGAGAAAAUUCAGUUGUUUGAUGAAUUGCUAAAUGGAUGUGAUUAUUCAACUGAAUGCUUAGAGCCAACGAGCAGCUGUAACAUGCUAAAGGAGGUUUACACCGAGUAUUUUCAGCUUCUUUCUGAAAUUUGAGAUGUUCCUCCAUCAAGCAAUCCAAAAUAUUUUUUUUAUUUUUUGAAAGUUGUUGUUUCCUUUCUCCGUAGGUUUUACUAGCACGGUCACAAUAGUGAUCAUUUAUAGAAUGACUUGGGAACUUUUGGAAAGUGAAAUGAAUUAAUUAGUUUAGCUAUGGUUUAUUUCAACUUGCUCUUUUUUGUUAUA